AUUUUAGUGUUCUUUAAACUUUUCUCUAGUUAAUUUAUUUUCCCUAUCCUUCUUCCUGCACCAAUCCUUCUUCUACUGUUUUUACUGUUUUUUUUUCAGGUUAUGCCACGUAGGAGAAAAGUUUGCUCACUAUGUGAUAAACUCGAUGUGUCUAUUUGGAGUGAAUAUUUUGGUGUACAGCAUGUUUUUCAUUGCUUUGGAAAUCAGUCCUAUAAGCAACUUCAGGAUGUAUAUGUGUGUAUUCGAUUGGAUCGUUAUAAUACAUUUGUUCUGCACAUAUGGACAGUCUUUAACAGAAGAGACAGAAAACAUAUUUUCAAACCUCUGUAAACUACAGUGGGAACAUUGGAACAAUCAAAAUAGACGCACUUUAGUAAUAAUGCUGAUCAACGCUGGCACUCCUUACAAUCUCACUGGAGAGGGCUUCAUAACUGUCAAUUACCAGUUGAUAGUAAAGAUGUGGAGAUUAGCCAACGCUGUGGUGUUUCUUAUUGGACAGAAUAUGAAAUGAAAUAAUGCAUUUAUUCGAUAUAAAAUCUUCCAAACAGGUCAACUCGUCAUAUUUUGGGAGUAAAGUAAAUACCAAUUUUUUGUGAAUAUGAAAAUAUAGACAAUUAAAAAUUAUUUAAUU